AAUGAUCAUUCUACUGAUGUUUGGCGCGAGAAGGCAAUUUCUGAUGCAAUUCUAUAUUGUAAGAGAUCGUAUGUCAACUGAGCCUGAUAUCGAUCAUGGUGAUCGUUUUGACUAGAAAAGCAAUUCUAGAUGGUGCUGUUGAGAGUUUGCUAGAAUGUAGUACACACGUUCAACUUGCAGAUAGAUCAACUGUUCCAAUUGACGAGUCUUGCAGGCAACUAUUGUUGUCGAGGCUCUUGGAGAUGAGCUCAAAGGGUCUGCGGUGCUUGGGCUUGGCAUAUAAAGAUGACUUAGGUGAGCUUUCAGGAUACAAUGCUGAGACUCAUCUUGCCCACAAGAAGCUGCUUGAUCCGUCCUGCUGCUGCUCCAUUGAAAGUGAUAUAGUUUUUGUGGGAGUUGUUGGACUAAGGGUGAGUAAUGUUAAGUUUUCAAGAAUAACGAAUCAUACGAGAACAACACACAAACUCAAGGACAACACAAGAUAACAAGAGGAAU